AUGGGUUGCAUGAAGUGGCUGGGGAUUUUUGUCUUUCUGAGCACAUGCUCACAGACUGCAGCACAAUCAGGUUUCCAAGUUUCUGUGUUUUCUACAACAUCCAAAACUGUGUAUCUUAAAUGGACCGAGUAUUCUGGAGCUGCCUCAUACAAGAUCUCUGCCGCCUUGAAAAGCUCACCAAGCAACCCCUUUGCUUUUGCCACGUUUGGUCCAAACACAGUGAUGGGCUCCAUCACGUCUCUGUCCCAAGAUGUUGCAUAUAUCUUUACAGUUGAAGCUCUGGAUGCUUCCCAGGCAGUACUGAGCUCCACAUCUACUGAAACAUUAACAGCUCCUGAUGUCAUGGAACCCAUCAAGAAUGUGAAGCCUAAAGACAGCGGCACCUUGACGGCAGAGUUUACCCUGAAGACGGGGGCGACUCAUUACAUCAUACGCAUUGAGAACAUUAAUGGCUUCUUCAGAGAAGACACCGUGUCCUCCUCCCCUGCUGAGCUUAGCAAUCUCAGUCCGUACACAGAGUACUCUCUCAGCAUCAUGGCUGCAAACAGUGUUGGUCGGAGUCAGCCAUCGAUUUCUGUGACUGCAAAAACAGUUUUGGCACCUCCUCAAAUCUCUACUUCGUCUCCCAGCAAUGACAGCAUAGUUGUAUCCUGGACUCCUGUUGCUCAUGCCAUCCAGUACACCUUGUCUAUAUACAAUUUUGCCAUGAAUGCUGAGAUGAAAUACAACACAUCCAACACAAGCCUGACCUUCCCUGGGCUUGAUGCGGGAUCACUCUAUGGCAUCGGAGGUUUCGCGUGGGACCCAGAGGGCCGAAACGGAGAAGGCAGUUUGUACGUCAACCAAACAACACGACCUCCAACUCCAUCUUCUGCCAAUGUGUCUGUGGUGAUGAGUAACAACACGGCUGGACUCUCUGUGUCUUGGGGACUUGACCAGAAGGUUUUCAUCCCCACUGAGUAUCAUGUAACAAGUGACCAGGGUAUAACCUGUAACAGCACUUCCAGCUCCUGCACCUUAUCCCCAGUAGGCUGUGGAAAGGUUCACACCAUUCAGGUCACUGCGUUCAACAAGGCUGGACCCAGCUACCCAUCCGCCCCUGUGGUCUUCAUCACCUUCCCCUGCCCUCCAGAGUCUCUGGAUCUUGUAAAGUCAUCAGAAGAAAACUGCACACUGAUGUGGAACACAGUGCCGUACGCUGACAGUUAUGAGGCAUUCAUCAAGAGAGGUGACGGCAGUGAAGAGACAUGUACCACCACGGGCAGCAACUGUACCUACCACUGCCAGUGUGGCUACACUUACCUGAUGUCGGUGUUUGCACACAACCACGCUGGCAGCAGUCCUCAAGGAAAAGUUCUCAACUAUGCCACUGUACCCUGCUGUCCUGAAAGCAUUUCUGUGUCUGCUGUGAGCACUGACACUUUGGAGAUCAUGUGGAUUGCUUCAAGGGGAGCAGAGCUGUAUGAGACCCGGGCUGUGGACAGUUCAGAGGUCAUCCUCUGUAAUGACACAGCGCCAGUGUGCGCCCUCUCUGACCUCAGCUGUGACAGCUCCUACAGUGUGAUGGUAACACCUUGCAAUGAAAUCAGUGGAUGCAACCAUGCUUGCAACUCUCACACCGGAGACACAGCUCCCUGCAUGCCUACAAAUCUGAAUCUGAGUUUGAAAAACUCUUCGUCCGUCCAUGUCAGCUGGACAGCCAACAACAGGAAUGCCACUUACACAGUGAGCACAGAUGGAGGAUCAGGCAGAUACACCUGCACCACCAGUGGAAACAGCUGUGAUGUCACUGACCUUCCCUGUGGCUCGACUUACGAGUUCAGCGUUACAGCAUCCAGCAGCGCCGGCCAGAGUUUACCCAGUUUCUCAAUUUCACUAGAAACAGAGCCAUGUUGCCCUGCGACUCUAAAGGUUGAACAGGUGACUCAGUCCAUGACGAACGUCUCGUGGUCUCAAGCCAAAGGGGCGCACUCGUUCAUCACAUCUCUGACAUCACUGCGAGGUCACGCCAGCUGCCACACCCAGGAUUCCCACUGCCUCAUGGGAUGCAUCACCUGUGGCACAAACUACACCGUCACCAUGGAGGCAUUUAGUCUCAGUGGGCGCAUGGCCAACUGCACCUAUCAGGGCUUCUCGUCCAGCACCUGCUGCCCAUCAGGUGUGCGCCUGUACAAGAUGGCCAGUAAUUCCCUGAGAGUUUACUGGCGCAGCACAGGUAGCAACCACAGCUCCACUGCAGAGAUAGUGGGCAGCAGCAACAACUUCACGUGCACUGCACCUCCAGGUGAGAACAGCUGUGAUGUUCCAAACAUCCAGUGUGGGGACGUCUAUUCUGUAGUGGUGGCUCCACUCACACCAGAGGGAGGCAAAGUCCUGUUCUGCCCACAGAGACUGUACUCAGUAACUUGUUCAGGGAGUGACGUUGGCACAGUGAUUUACAGAGGAAAGAGAAGUGUUGACUAGUGUGUGUCUUCUUCGCCGAUGCAACUCGUCUUCCUCUGGCAGAAUCCUUCUUCAUCUGAAUGUGACUGUUUAAAGUUAGGUUAAAAUACAUUUUCUA